AUUUCGAACAAGAAACCGACUACUUACAUCAGCGGUUCCAGAAAUAAUUAUAGAACAUGCAUCGACUUCAUCUACAAAUGAAAUAAACAAUCGUGCGAUACAAAAACAAGACUGUGAUAAUAGUACUAUGAAAGAAUGUGAUGAAAAUGAAACUCCAAGUACGCCAGUUUCCUCUAGAGAUUUUACUUCUCCAAACCCCACCGCAGAAAAUGUAUCACUUUCUACUAAUGAAGAUGUUACUUCUCAAAGCUCAACGGAAACAUUUGCCGAAGAUGUCAUAUCACAAAAUGGCAGUAGCAAUUUGGACAUCCAAGCGCAAUCACUCAACACCAACACAAGAAAUGUUUCGAACAGUCGAAAACGGAAGCAAUCGCUUGCAGCUACCAUUGAAACCAACACAAGUAAACGAAUUCGUUUUAUGGUUGGAUUCCAAACUAAGUACAUGUCGAGAAAUGAUUUUAUUUCAGAUGAAGCAUGGAAUAAGUUCCUUCGAUAUCGAUUAUGUCAACAAUCAAAAAUGGCAGUUGCACAUAAUAGAAGUUGUAGGAAAAGAAAAAAAAUACAAAAUCUGCAGAUUCUGAUAAAAGAUCUAGAGAAAAUAGAAGAAUUUAAUGCUGCAGAGUAUUUAAAGGUCUCGUUAUAAUUUGUUUAUUUUGUACACUUCUUUUAAUUGUAUUAAAUUUUGAACUUUCUUUUUCUUUUAUUUAUCUAUAAAAUAUAUGGGCGAUUCUCUCAAAAAGAACACAUUCAGAAUUAAGAUUUCAUAAAAAAAAAUUGCAAAAUCUACGUCAAGAGGUGGACCUAAAUAAGUCAAUAAAAC